AUGCGCACACCCACCAUGGGAACUGCGCGUGCUCCAUUGCGUGUUCCGCAGCGUGCCUAUUCUGCUCAGCCAGGCCGGUGGGAUCCGCACGUCACAAAGGUCAAGUUUCCCAUACCUCAGCUUCCCAACUACAAGCCGUACUUUAUUCUUGCAGGCCUGUCGAUGGCCGCAUUUUGGUACAUAUUCUCGGCAUACUUGAACAAUAAAGAGCGCGUUGGCUCCUCGGUGCUGCGCAUGGUCUCGCACCGAGUAAAGGAUGCACCGGAAGUGCACGCGCUGCUUGGCGAGCCCGUGAACCUAAAACGCGCAAGUUUCGGGGACCCAUGGAUCGAAGGAAUUGUACGUUUCAACGGUGUCUUACGCUAG